AUGGAUAAAGUGUUUGAGGCGUUGUCCAAGAUAAAUGCCAUCACUCCAGAACCUAUCGACACAAAGAAAUUGGGGUAUGAUCUCGCUUAUUCUUGCAAAUUUCAUAUGGGGGCAAUUGGGCAUUCCAUUCAAAAUUGUGAUAGCUUUCAUGGUAAGUUGCAAGAAUUGAUAGAUUCAUCAGUAAUUGAGUUUUAUGAAGAAGCCGAAGAGAAGUUGGUCGGAACCAUAAAUGAAGACACCCCAGCUGAAGUGGCAUCGAGUUCAUUCGGGGCGAACAAACCUAAACCUCUCACCAUCUUCUAUGAAGAAAACAGAAGCCCGAUGAAUGAUACAUCCCCUACUAUGAUCAGAAAUGGUAUUACCAUCGAAGUCCCCAACCCGUUCCCUUACAAGAGCGAUAAGGAUGUCCCAUGGAAUUAUGAGUGUAAUAUUUUGGGCACAGCUUCAUCCGCCCCCCAAGCAUUUUUUAAAGAUCUAACUGGAGUAGGGGGUAUAACGCGAAGUGGGCGAUGUUAUUCCCCUGAGAUAGCAGAAAGAGUUGAAAAAGGGAAACCUGCACAAGGAAAGGGAGGCCUGAAGAAAGCGGAUACCUUUUCCAAGGACCAAGUUGUCGAAUCUGUAGUUGUUCCAAACAAUGAGGUCAAAAAUCCUGUUACCGAGAAAGAAGCGGGUGAAUUUCUCAAGUUUAUCAAACACAGUGAAUACAGCGUGGUAGAACAAUUAACCAAGAUGCCCGCUCGCAUCUCGCUGCUGUCCUUACUGUUGAAUUUAGAAGCACACAGGAACGCACUGCUCAAAGUCUUGAACCAAGCUUAUGUGGCACAAGAUAUAUCAGUGGAAAAGUUAGACCACAUCGCGGGGAACAUUACAGUGAGGAACUUCAUUGCCUUUAAUGAUGAAGAAAUACCAUCGGGUGGUCGAGGAAGUAACAAAGCUCUGCACAUUACUAUCAAAUGCAAAGACCAUGUCGUACCUAGGGUCUUGGUCGACAAUGGGUCAGCGUUAAAUGUCAUGCCUCGCUCUACUUUAACCAAGUUGCCAGUAGAUGUGUCGUAUAUGAGAACCAGUCACAUGGUUGUAAGGGCCUUCGAUAGGACCACAAGGGGGGUGGUAGGGGACAUUGAACUACCGAUAAAAAUUAGCCCUUGCAUUUUUGAGGUCCAAUUUCAAGUCAUGGACAUUGCCCCGUCAUACAAUUGCUUGUUAAGGCGUCCAUGGAUCAAUAUGGCGGGAGCCAUACCAUCUUCCCUUCAUCAAAAAGUUAAAUUCAUAGUUGAGGGCCAACUGAUAAGUGUAUGUGCGGAGGAAGACAUACUGACUAUUCAACCAUCAUCUGCUCCCUAUGUAGAGGCGACAGAAGAAGUCCCAGAAUACUCUUUCAGAUCUUUUGAAUUUGUUAAUGCUACUUAUGUGAGGGAAAAAAAAGUCAUACCGACUCUUCGUUUGUCAGUAGCAACUAAAAUGGGGGUUAAGCAAACAGUGGGUAAAGGAUGCCGUGCCGGUUUGGGGUUAGGAAAGAAUUUACAAGGAAUUAACCGUCCUCUGACUCCAAUAAAGAAUGAAGAAAGGUUUGGUUUGGGGUACAAGCCUACCAAAGAAGAGAAAAGGAAACUGGCAGCUCGAAAGAAGAUUAAAAGGAUGGCUCAACUUGAGGGAAAGGAAGAAAAAUCUGGGGAACGGACAAUCCCACACUUAUAUGAGACUUUUCACUCUGUAGGUUUCAUUCAUCUCGAAGCACCAACAAAGGUCAAUCAGGUUCUACGAAUAUUUGAUGAGCUAUCAAUCCAUAUGAUCAGAGAUGAAGAACCUAACGAGAAGAUCCUUGUGGUGUAUCCAGUACUGCCAUAA